AGCUACGGCGGCCGGGCGGCAGGUCGCUCAGUCCGCUUCGCGCUGUGACUAUGGGAGACGUGCUGGUCGAGGAGCUCGAGGACCUGGUUCACUUCUCGGUGUCCGACCUGCCGGCUCGAGGCUAUGUCGUCAUGGAGGAGAUCCGACGUCAGGGGAAACUCUGUGACGUCACGCUCAAGGUGGGGGAUCAUAAGUUCAGCGCCCACCGGAUCGUCCUGGCCGCAUCCAUCCCGUACUUCCACGCCAUGUUCACCAACGACAUGGUGGAGUGUAAACAGGACGAGAUCCUGAUGCAGGGCAUGGACCCCAGUGCUCUGGAGGCUCUGAUAAACUUUGCGUACAGCGGCCAUGUUGCCAUCGACCAGCAGAACGUCCAGUCUCUCCUGAUUGGCUCCAGCUUCCUGCAGCUGCAGAACGUUAAAGAUGCCUGCUGUUCCUUCCUGCAGGAGAGGUUACACCCUAAGAACUGUCUUGGCGUGCGUCAGUUUGCAGAGACGAUGAUGUGUACAACGCUAUAUGACUCAGCCAAUAGUUUCCUCCAUCAGCACUUCGUGGAGGUUUCUGUGUCCGAAGAGUUUCUGGGUCUGAGGACGGAGGAGGUGCUUGAGCUGGUGGGCUGCGACGAGCUCAACAUCAAGGCCGAAGAACAGGUUUUCGAGGCUGUGCUGGCCUGGGUGCACCAUGACCAGAACCUGAGGGAGUCACUGCUGCCAGAGCUGCUGUCAAAGAUCAGACUUCCUCUGUGUCGACCUCAGUUCCUGUCGGACCGAGUCCAGCAGGACGACCUCAUACGUUGCUGCCAUAAAUGCAGAGAUCUGGUAGAUGAAGCCAAAGAUUUCCACCUGAUGCCGGAGCGGCGUCCCCACCUGCCGGCCUUCAAGACCAGACAGAGGUGCUGCACGUCCAUUACAGGACUCAUCUACGCUGUGGGAGGACUCAACUCCUCAGGUGACUCCUUAAAUGUGGUCGAAGUGUUUGAUCCAAUCGGAAACUUCUGGGAGCGCUGUCAGCCAAUGAGGACAGCUCGAAGCAGAGUGGGCGUGGCCGUCAUUAACGGUCUGCUGUAUGCCAUUGGUGGAUACGACGGCCAAUCACGGCUCAGCACAGUAGAGGUUUACAACCCGGAGACGGACAGCUGGACACGUGUGUCGAGCAUGAACAGCCAGCGCAGUGCCAUGGGAACGGUGGUGAUUGACGGACAUAUCUAUGUGUGCGGCGGCUACGACGGGAAAUCCUCCCUGAACUCUGUGGAGUGUUACUCACCUGAGACCGACAGGUGGGCGGUGAUGACGGAGAUGAGUGCGAGUCGCAGCGCUGCAGGUGUCACCGUGUUUGACGGACGCAUCUUUGUGUCUGGCGGCCAUGACGGUUUACAGAUCUUCAACACGGUGGAGUCCUAUAACCACCACACUAACCGCUGGCACCCGGCGGCGGCCAUGCUGAACAAGCGUUGCCGGCAUGGCGCGGCGGCACUUGGCAGUCACAUGUACGUGGUGGGCGGGUACGACGGCUCGGGCUUCCUGAGUGGCGCUGAGGUGUUCAGCUCAACGACUAGCCAGUGGAGCCUCCUGGUAGCCAUGAACACUCGCCGCAGCCGGGUGUCGCUGGUCGCCACGUCGGGCCGGCUGUAUGCCGUCGGCGGGUACGACGGACAGUCGAACCUCGGCUCCGUGGAGACGUUCAACCCAGACACCGGCCGCUGGAGCUUCAUGGCGCCGAUGGUCAGCCAUGAGGGCGGCGUUGGCGUCGGCUGCAUCCCGCUGCAGCCCGCCUAGACGUCCAAUCACAGGCUGAGGAUUACUGGUUACUGACGCCGCGGGGAGGCACCGCCCUCCGCCGGCAUCCACUGAGCUGCAUCGGUACGACGGCCGCGCUCAGACCUGCACACUGACGCCGGCCUGGGGGAUUCUGGGUAAAAACUGCGGAUCUAGCCUGCGGAGGCUAACUGCUAGCAUCAUGCUAUUAGCGAGCGUGGACGAAUAAUUGUUUUAUACUUGAUUCAAACAGGAAGUCACUUCCUUUUCAAAAUAAAGCUGCUGAAACAGGACGAGUGUCUGAUCCCAGUCACUGAACAGGAAGUGGAGCUGCAGACACGUGAAGAAGAAGAAUGGCUACUUCCUGUUUCAUCUUCAAACCUCCGAGGGCGAAUUCACCCUGAUGAUGUCACACUGAUGAUAUCACAGCAGUGAUCAUUAGUUCUGGUGUAAGCGUGUGUGGCGUCUCGGCGGUGAGAGGGGCGCCGUCACGUUUACACAACAUCAUAUAAACAGUUUUAAUUUUUUCUAAACUGACAGGAAGUGGAGUGUCAGAAUAAAACAGUUUGAUGCUCGGAGCUGAUAAUGGCCCUGUUCAUUCCUAUGAAAGCUGCUCAGCGGACCAUGACUUUGCUGGUGUUAGAGGGACCUUCUGCGCUGUGGGGACUAAAAUUAUUUACUCUUUCGGCUCAUCAAGACUUUCCUGUUUAGUUGUUUGAACGUGAUGAAGCCAGUUGGUUCUUCUUCUCUGGUUCUGUGAAUUCGCUCUCGGAGGGUUUUCCAUCAGCUCAUAGUGAAAUCUAACUUUUAUUGGGAAAAUACAGGAAGUCAAAGGCGUUGCUAAUCUGAUAGAUGCUAACGUGCUAACACCAACCAAUCGGCUGUCUUUUUUCUUCUCUGGUUUUUACUGGACUGUGAUCUGUUAUCAAGCAGAAAACAGAAUCCUGCAACUGAAAAAUGUUUUAUUGUCAGUAAAAAUAUUUAGUUUGAAAAAGUUUUAAUGUGUUUCACUCAGAUCAACAAACAAUUUUCACAUUAAAACACAAAUGUAUUUUACUGAAACAAAAUAUUUUAGAUUUCAAAAUAAAGACAAGUGACUCGAUGUUGCCUCACCUGCUGACUCAUCUGCUGACUCACCUGCUGACUCACCUGCUGACUCACCUGUUGACUCACCUGCUGACUCACCUGUUGACUCACCUGCUGACUCAUCUGCUGAUUCACCUGCUGACUCAUCUGCUGACCUGCUGACCCAACCGCAGACUCACCUGACUCACCUGCUGAUUCAACCGUUGACUGACCUGCGGCACCCCCUGUGGACAGUUUUGUCUUGUUCCUGCUGAACGUCUCUUACAGACCAUAAUGUCCCGUCACCAUGGCAACGCUGUGCGGAGGCUGAUCGAUAACUUAAAUAAUAUGAAUAAUUUCUGUUUAAUGAGUUAUUGAUACAUAAAGUUGGUAUUGAUUAUUAAAGAUUCCACUUCCUGUUUGAAUAAUUAAUAACUGUGAGAUUAUCGAUCUGCAGCUGCACAUCAUGUUUGUUAUUGAUGAUUGAUUAGUUUGUGGAUCAUUAAAGACGCUGCUGGUUCCUGAACGUCUCGUCUU